AUGGCUGCUCUCGCUCGUGCUGCUCCGCGAACGGCACGACUACUCGCUCCGACAGCGCGUCACGCCUUACGGUCUCUUCCUCUCCCUCCCUCCCUUCAUACCCCACAUCCACCCUCUCUCGCCCAUCCUUUCUCGUCAACGGCACUGCGAGGAACGAUCAUCCCCUAUGUCAUCAGUAGAGAGCCUCGAGGAGAGCGGGUGUCAGAUGUCUACUCUCGCCUGCUGCAAGAACGGAUCGUCUUCCUCAACGGACCCGUCGAAGACGCCCUCUCUUCCGUCGUCGUCGCCCAACUCCUCUUCCUCGAAGCCGAAUCCUCGGCGCCCAUCUCGCUCUACAUCAACUCUCCAGGCGGAAGCGUGACGGCUGGAAUGGCGAUCUACGAUACCAUGCAAUUCGUCCAUUGCCCGGUGCACACGAUCGUUGUUGGGCAGGCCAGCUCGAUGGCGUCGCUCAUCCUGGCGGGAGGCGAACCUGGACACCGAAGCGCGCUUGCGCAUUCAUCCAUCAUGAUCCACCAACCUUCGGGCGGCGCAGGCGGACAAGCGAGUGACAUCUCGAUUCAGGCGAACGAAAUUCUCCGCAUUCGAGAGAAGAUGUUCGACCUGUACGCCGACCAUUGCAAGUUCCGCGACGAGGACCGCGAAACCGCACGGAAACGCUUCGCACAAAUGCUCGACCGCGACCACUACCUCACGCCGGAAGGCGCAAUCGGGCAAGGCAUCAUCGACCAUGUCCUGAAGAAACGGCCCUCGGCGAUGGCUUCCACGGAGGGGGAGGGCGGUAUCAAGGGGACGAAUGCGCCUUGA